GGGUUGAAGUUGUAUAGUCCUUAAGGGAGGCUGUAGUCGUGACGUACUGUUGUAUAUUCUCACGCUUUUCAAACUUCACCACCAAAGGCUACAGGAUCGAUGAGUAGUAUCGCCUCGGUGUUCUCCGCGAUGAAUCGUGUUAAGAAAUACUUGCGGAUCGAAAUGUGGUUUUUGAUUUUCUUUCCCCUUUGUACUGCGUCGAAUUCAAGGCUCAUUUUUAGGCCCAGAGGUAGUGAAUAUCGCGCAAUUAAUCCCAAGCCUGGAGGGUGUAAUUUUGGGAUUCAACAUAAGGUUAUCGACGAGAGCUGGCACCCGGAUGUAGCCCCUUUCGGGGUUUUGUUUUGCGUGAUAUGCACAUGCAGCAAGAUUUCAAACAACUCUGAAAAAGGGAAGGUGACAUGUCGGAAUAUACGAAACCGCUGCCCAACUACAUCAUGUGCUCGGCCUAGGGUUGAAGAAGGGCAUUGCUGUCCAUCGUGCCCAGACGAGUUCAUCUCAUUACUGAGGGCACCUGCAUCUUCAGUUUCCCGCCAAAAUGGCGUGGGACGCGUGCAUUUCACUCUGGUGCGAAACACACUUCACAUUUCAAUACGUUAUGAAGGGUCUCGGAAGCUUCGCAUGGCUUCGUUUAAAGAUUCCAAAGGAUCACCACUGAAGGAAAUAAACAUUCCGAAAAGAUCUAUUAAUGGAUCCCAGGUAUGCCUUGUGUGGAAUCAACUGAGUAAAAAGAAUAUUGAAUCCUUUAAACAAGGACAAGUUAGCAUGGAAUUGAAACUCAAGCGACAACAGAACGCAGUUGGACUCACUGGAGACAUAAUAAAGUACGAUUCGUACUCGCAAGAAAGCUUCGAAGCACUGCUGUCGUCUGAUGAUGAGACAUCCAAUGCGUUGGCUUCUUUCAACUUGGCCAAAGGUGGAAAAAUUCUCAGAAUGAAUCUCCGCUAUGAUGGAUCACACAGCCUAGGCUCAGAAACUCAGAUCACGAUCAAGUUGACCAGAAAUCCUACCAAUAACAGAGGAGCUCGUGAUGUGAAAGCAAUCGGCCCGUCACAAAUUAAGCAAGAGAAUUCCAACUUAAAAACGGCGUGGCAGAAUCCUCCUGAGCAUGUGCUGAAGUGGAUGUCGCGUGGUUAUCUAAAUAUCACUGUGAUAUUGAACACUGGAGAUCAAAAGACGAAACUGACCGGUCAAAUAAGCAUUAAAAGAACUUGUAACACCAUUGUCUCCCAGCUCUCCGGUCGAGAAGCUCCAAGGCCCACGAUGACAGGCGCCAGCGGUUAUGCCUCCUUUGAUUUUUUCAAUAAUGGUCAAAUACGCUAUCAGAUUUUGCUAUCGGGUAUGGUAAAUCCUGUGAUAGAAAUCAAUCUUCAAGCCACAAACCGCAAGCAAAAAGUGAAAAGACUUUCACGCUCAGUAAGCUUUGAUGAACACGGACGAAUUAAGUUGACAGGGGUGUGGCUGAGGCCAUCAUUUCAAGAAAUUUGCUGGUUAUUUAGUGGCAAUAUAUUCAUCAAUGUCAGCACCCAGGCGAACAGGGGAGGAGAAAUGUAUGGACAACUGAAACAGUUUCCCUUUAGAGGACACCAUUUGUCAUACCACGAUCCACCGACUCUCUUAUCUGGUAACGAAGUUGUUCCCAGGAUUCAAACUGGCGCCGCGGGGCAGGCCUGGUUUUCACUCGACAAGAGCUGUGCACUGCACUAUCACCUGAUCCUCAGUGGCAUGGACCGCGGGCGCAAGAACAUGAGGACUGCAGAACUCUUAGGCUUUGCGGAUUAUGGCGAGGUGCCCCAGUCGUACGAUGAACGUGUGCACUUGUUACGAUCAUUUGAAGGAGAAACGAUCUCUGGCUCCGCGCGCAACAUCGAACCAGAGUUCCUUGGUAACCUCAUUCGCGGACUUGUUUACCUGCAAGUGAGAAGUGAGGAAGUCCCACAGGGAGAGCUGAGGAGCCAAGUCUUCUUAAACGAGGACAGCUGUAGUAAGAGACUUCCUCCUAGAGGGCGGAACGAAUUGCCUGGCUCUUGCCACUUUGGUGACAAAAUAUAUUCAGAUGGGGAAAAGUGGGUCUCUGAAGAUGAUAAGUGCACAUCGUGUACUUGUGAGGACAGCGAAAUUGUUUGUGCCCCUCUUAAGUGUCAGCGGUUAAACUGCACAGAAGCACCUAUCAUGUUACCUCAUCUAUGCUGCCCGGUUUGUCCAGCUAUCGAAGAAAAAGUUGUGAGAUAUUACGAAAAGAGGCAGCGUCCGUCCUUGAAAGGAUGCUAUGUAAAAAGAGACAGAAAAGUUUAUCCAGUUGGCGCUGUGUGGUAUCCCUAUGUACAGCCAUUUGGUUACAUGAGAUGUCACGCCUGCACAUGCCUGAAAAAAUCAGAAGAAAUAUCAUGCACUCAAGUGAAAUGCCCAGAACUUCGAUGUAAAAAUCCAAUCAAAAUGCGCAUGAGUGACUGCUGUAUGCGAUGCCCUGAUGACGAGGAUUCAAAAUCAAAUGGAGGCAAGAAAGUUAGAAAAGGCUGCACCUUACGUGGAAGCAACUAUAGACACGGACAAACAUGGAGGCCAUAUUUCCCGAUAUUUGGCUCUUCAAGAUGUAUAACGUGUAGGUGCCAGAACGGGCGAACGCACUGCUCACGAGAUCCAUGCCCGAAAGGACAAUGUAGAAGUACGCUCCUAAUUGGGGCAUCGACGAGUUGUUGCCAGGCGUGUCCAGGAUCGUGAGACCGACUAUCAACUUUAAACAAUUCUCCCCGAGGGAUGAUCUUGGAGUGAACCACAUAGUCUGAAGUCUGUUAAAAUGUCCGAACAUACUUCAACGAUAAAUCCAACACUUUCACCUGACGAUAAACGCACGACAAAAGAUCCAGUGAUUAAUUUGACUUCCAUUCGACGAUGGCAUAACUACUUUGGCCAUAAAGCCGGAUUAAGAAACUAAAAAUAAUUUCUAUACUUUCCUGUGAGAGGAAAAAAAAGAGACCUCAAGCUCAGAUAAUGUAAAAUAUUCCCCUUAACUUCAACUCGUGGGGAUUUUUCAGCGACACUUUCUUCGUCUUUGGCGAGUUAUAUUCAUUAGACAGGUAGCCUUUGGUUAUGUAUGUUUAACGCUCAAAAGGCUUGUUCCUUUAUUCUGAACAAGGUAAUUUAGUCCUUAACGAUUCCAUCGUGAUGAAUUUGUUAUAUUAAAGACCCAGGGUUCUACCAUAAUCCUUCCAUCCCAAAAUUCAAUGGGUGAUUCUCCCUACUUCUGUACUUUACGUUGUAAUAUAGUAGCCUUUAGUGUCGAACAGCGCUUCAAGUUUGAGCAUCGUAAAACUUAGCCCAUAAUAAUCAUAAUGGCCAAUCAGAGCGAAGGAAAAACCUCUAAAAGAUAAAGAGAACUCGGCGCAAAACAAAAGCGCGGGAAAAUGUAAGGAGUUGCCAUUGGUUUUAACUUGGCAUUUGACUGGCUGACAUGGUGGCGCGAGUGUCCUGGACCGAUCAUAGAACAUAGUGAGGCACAACCAGUACGGAUUACUUUGGACACUCAAUCAACAAUUUCUCAAUGAACAUAACACCUAGAGCUGAUCACUUUAACUAAUAUCAUCACCUCUUUACUUGAUAAUGCAAUUGCAUUGUAAGGAGAAGCUACAUAUUAAUCUCACCUGGAAGUUGGGGGGGGGGGGGUAAAAAAGUAACUAGGUGUGGCCAAAUGACUUGCGCACAAAGCAGAGUUUGUAAAAUAAUUGUAAUAAUCCCAUUCAUUAUCCUUCCCUGCCAUCAUGUAAAUUGCAGGUCUUAUAUUCCUUUUCCCAUAGAUUCUCCCCCAAUUUACUUCCCCACACAGGCUCCCCAACCCCUUCUGGCCAAAUUAUGAGAUAAUGUUUCUACUUAAUUGUUAGAUGACAAUUGAUUUUUUUAAUUUAUUUCCAAUUGGACAUAUCCAGUGAUUGUGAACGGAUGUUCAUAGAUGUUAAAAUAAUUAUUGCAAGUGACACAAAUUAGUGAAAAAACAAUCUUUGGAGUUCUCCAAAGUUAACUUUCUUGUUAAUAUAUUCUGCUUUGUAGAUAGCCAUGACAAUGUGAGAUAACAAUAAAAACAUUUUUUUUAACUUUCAUAUACCACUGACUGUAAGUUUCACCUCAAGAAUUCAAAUGAAAAAACUUAAUUUUUUGUUAGGACUUGAAAGGCAGGCUCCCCUCCACUGCAAGCUUCAACAAGAAAGGCAAAGGGGGCCUGGUUUCCAUGGCUUGAUUCCAUUGAGGUUGCAACUUGCAGUUGAAAAUGAAAAUUUUAGUUAUAUAUUGUAUGAUAGAGGAAUGCUCAUAACAUAUAAAAUAAAACAUUCA